AUGGGCGGGGUUUUUUCUUCUGACCUGGAGACGUAUCAUCGAGCCCAUACUAAGAUUAGCUAUCAAGACAUUGUUGUCUCAAGUCUUCGGUGCUCGACCGUCGCAGGCGUCGCUUCUGUUCGAAUAGCUAUCGUCGUUUCGUACUCUCGGCGACUUUCCAAGAUUGACAACCCUUGGUCUGUUUUCCAUCUCUCUCUCUCUCCUUCCAACAUCAAACAUCCUCGCACACGCGAGCAUCAGCCACGAUGUCUCAACCACCUAGACCCUCUGAAGCCAGACUCACAAAGCCACACGCAAGUCCUAUUCCCCUUACUAUCAGAUAGCCCCCUCCCUAACACAAUCGAACAGUAUCUCCUAACCUGGAUGAACGCAAUGCAAGGCACCUACAACAACACGACCGUCUGGAGCCACGAUACCACAACCGGCCGUCUGGUACCCACCGAACACGAGCCCGACUCUAUCUCCUACCACAACGCUCUCGCCAACAUCAAGGACAGUGACAAUGCUCAGGAAGAGCAGAGUUACACUGUGGCUCAGCAGAUGGCGGAGGUUAAGCACGAGACAGCUAGACUCAGAGCUGUUUCUGCUCCACUUGGCCCCGUCUCGCCAAAGAUCAAGCAAGAGUCUUCUUCUCCUGAGGCUAAGAUCAAGCAAGAAGCCCCUAAAGCUGUGAACACUAUUACCCCGCUGGCCAACACCGUCGACAGCAAGAGCAAGCCAGAGCAAGAUUCCUUUGAAGGACACAAGAAGAGUCUGAUCGACGCAGUGGAGCACCUCCGCGAUGUCCUGUAUCAGAGGGAGAUGAUGAGAGGUGUUAGAAAAGAGGUCGACGAGUACCUGGGUGGCCUUGAGAAGGAGAUCAAGAAAGCCUAUGAUCAUGAGAGACGCUGA